AUGGCGACAACAGCGUACCAGUCGUGGCUACGAAAGAGCGAGUUCAAGGUAUCCCAACAACUGUCGACAAGUACUUCGAAUUCCCCUUCUGUACCCGAAGUAUCCACCCAUUUAGCCACGGAGACGACCUCCCAGACGGCUGCUCUACCUCCUACAUCGAAAAAGCAGCCGAAAUUAAUUUCGAUUCACCAUCGAAACGAAAAAGCGGCGGAUGUUAAACGUGUCGCUUAUGUUGCUGCUGGACACGGCGACUCCACAGUCGAGAGACAGGCGAAUCUGGAUAAAGUUGCUGCAUGGAAGCAACCUUGGGAUGACAAGGAGCGGUUGAUGGAACAGAUCGUACCGAGACAAACUCGUGCAUUAACUGCAUUGAGGCGAUUAUCGACAAAGAAAGAGAAGAGAAGCCAGCAGUGGAGACAGUGCGUUGAUGUCAAGACCAGCUGUGAUUCUGUGAAAAAAGGAACGGAGCAAAGAGUUUCGACAAAGAUCGCGAGUGGGACGAUGCAGUUAAAGCAGAUGGAUAGUCGGAACCGAAUUGCGGAGGUUGUUUCGAACAGCACGAGAAAACGACCGUGGUGCAAUGCAGAGACGAGCGGUAGUGGAGAUGAUAGGGGGAAAGGGUUUGCAGACGAGCACUUACAGCACUCGUUGCAUGACGAAGGCGUUGUUGGAAUGCUAGAGUUCGUUGGAUCUGAUAACGAUGACGCUACGACGAGGCGACUGUCAUAUUGCAGUGAUCACGAGGAGGAGGAAAAGAGCAGAAGGUCUUCGAGCGGGUUGCCACCGAAAUGUCCGAUGGUGAAACAAAAGGGUGUGGAAACUAGUGUGCUCGACGAAUGCCAGUACUGGAUGGCAGUUGACAGGUUUUCGCAUCUAGAGUAG